CUGACAUUUGCGAACAAAGUGACCUCACUUGAAAGUGGGAGGGGCGUAUUUGAGCCAACCAAUCUAAACGGGGAUAGAGAGACCAACAUGCCUUGGCAUGCUUCUCCCAGUACAGUCAGAGAAGAGGCCACGUGUCGUGUAAGUUCCAAAGACAGAAUGACAACUGAGAACGACUCGAGAGGUAUCGGAAGUGGGUGGAAAAUGCUACCGAACCCCCGACCUUUACCCUGCUCAAGCGCGUGUCAAUCUGAUUCCCUGUCACACGUCAGUAAGAACCAGAGAGGCGGACAGGAGUGUUUAUCGAGGAAGCGGACCUCAAGUAAGUUACGCAGGAUAGAACGGCGCAGAGCAACGCUGCAGAAGAUUAGAAUUCUCAAGAAGAGAAGGAGAGAAUUGUGCACGAAGCUUCGGGGCCAGGGAGACGCAGAAUCCGGAAUUGAUUCACUGCAUACCGAGGCCGGAACCCUACUAGCCGGCCAGCUUAGAGACGUGAAGUUGGCCAAGCGUUGCGAGCGUUGGGAGGUUGACAGUGGGUUCUCUUCGGAGGUCAGUCCUCCGACCAGUGGCCGCAGCUCUCCCUGUGGUGGAAUCGGCCCGACGCGGCUGGUGUCCAUGGACUGCGAGAUGGUGGGCACAGGGCCCGAGGGCCGCUGCAGUGAGCUGGCGCGAUGCAGCCUUGUGAACUACUACGGUGAAGUACUGUAUGACAAAUACAUCAAGCCUCAGCACCCAGUCACAGACUACCGCACACGCUGGAGCGGAAUCUGCAAGCGCCACCUACUCCAUGCUGUGCCCUUUGACCAGGCAAAGAAAGAGAUAAUCCAGAUCCUGAAGGAGAAGGUUGUGGUCGGGCAUGCCUUGCAUAAUGACUUCCGGGCUCUGGGCUUCCUGCCCCCUCGUCACAUGAUCAGGGACACCAGUCGCAUGCGUCUGCUCCGAAGACUCUCGAAGUUCCCAAAUAGGGGCAGCAUCUCGCUGAAGAACCUGGCCAGAGCACUCCUCAAUAGGAACAUCCAGAUGGGCAUGAAUGGCCACAGUUCAGUGGAGGAUGCCAUGGCUGCGAUGGAUCUAUACAAACUGGUUGAGGGACAGUGGGAGCAAGACUUUCUGAGUCAAGCUGAGCACCUGGACACUAGCACCUCAGAAUCUAGCUCCUCCUCUAGCCACUACAUGCAGGAUGAGUAUUGGCCGGCGGAGCUGAUAGAACACUGAUGCACUGAUAGGAACCUAGCAGAGAGGUGUCUGCCUCUGUGUUGUUGCUGCCCAGUGUUGGUCCUGGAGGACAUCUCUGGAUUGAGUCACUAGCUCCUCCCUGAAAGCCCUCUCCCCAGGGGGGAGUUUGGCUGGUUCACAUGAGAAGGAGUGAUUGAUUGGAACAGCUGGAUGAGGACUGCUGGGGACCUAUACUCUGACUGGUGGGCUGUCUCUGUAUGUAAUAGGGUUUCGGUAAGGGAGAGGAAGUGCAGCUAAGCUGCAGUGUUUCCCAUAUCAGAUGUUCAGUGAGUAUCCUGAUUGGCUACGAGUUUAUGGGAAAUUAUCUGCUGUGGAUGGGGAGUUUCUCAUUAGUGACAUGCAGCGUGUUUGUCUGUGAUAUUUGGGCAACACUGUUAUGCCUCCAUGUCAAGACUAAUUUAAAUGUUACCAAGGAACAAAAAUAAAAUAUUGUUUAUACCUCAUGCACAGAUCUGAAAGUGAUUGUGGUGUCAGAUUUAAAUGGUAAAGUCUUAACAGAAGCAUGUUGCUGUAUUUUCUGAAAUAUUAGGUUUGCAUAAUUUGUUUGCUGUGGCGGUGUAUUGGUGUAGCAUAAAACAGUUGUUAUUAAAAUGUUAAGGUUGAAAUUGGUAGCAGCUUGCUAAAAUGGUGGAGUCACUAUGCACAUAUUCACACAAAUGUCAUGAAACUUUGGCAAUGACUGCUCUGCUCCACCUGCAGUGAGACUUAUGUCAUGUAUCACCCGACUUUGUUAUAUUAAAUAAAGAUUUAU